AUUAGGAGCUUGAUGGGGAAGAUGCAAGACUUGCAGAUUUUUUUGAUGUGAUUGCUGGAACAAGCACCGGUGGCCUUAUAACUGCUAUGUUAACUGCUCCAAAUGAAAACAAUCGUCCUCUCUUUGCUGCCAAAGAUAUCAAGAAUUUCUAUCUUGAGCACUCUCCCAAGAUUUUCCCACAAGAGAGGGGGCCAUUCGGAUCAAUCAUAAACAUGUGGAAACUAUUAACUGGACCAAAGUACAAUGGAAAAUAUCUUCAUGGGAUCAUAAGGGAAAAAUUGGGAGAGACACUGUUGCAUCAAACCUUGACAAACGUUGUCAUUCCAACAUUUGAUAUCAAGCAUUUGCAGCCAACUAUUUUCUCCACUUACGAGGUGCAAAAAUCACCAUAUUUGAAUGCUCGAUUGUCUGAUAUUUGCAUCAGCACAUCUGCGGCUCCAACUUAUCUUCCAGCAUACAACUUCAAAAACCAAGACAGUGAAGGAAAUGUUAAAGAAUUCAAUCUUAUCGAUGGUGGUGUUGCUGCAAAUAAUCCGGCAUUAGUUGCCAUAAGCCAAGUGACAAAGCAGAUAUUUCAUGAAAAUCAAGAUUUCUUUUCAAUAAAGCCCAUGGAUUAUGGUCGCUUUCUGGUGAUAUCGAUAGGCACUGGAUCGGCAAAGGUGGAAAAGAAGUACAAUGCUAAAAUGGCAGCCAAAUGGAGUGUUUUGGGUUGGUUACUUCAUGGUAGUUCCACUCCAUUAGUCGAUGUAUUUACUCAAGCAAGUGCCGAUAUGAUUGAUUUCCAUAUUUCUAUUGUUUUCCAAGCUCUUCAUUCUGAAGAUAAUUAUCUCCGUAUUCAGCAGGAAGAUACAUUAACGGGGACCGAUGCUUCGGUUGAUGUGUCUACGAAAGAGAACUUGGAGAAACUUGUCAAAAUUGGAGAAGGCCUAUUGAAGAAGCCAAUUUCAAAAGUAAACUUGGAGAUUAAUCUCUCCAAGCCAAUCGAAAAUGGUGGCACGAAUGAAGAUGCUUUGAAAAAGUUUGCAAAAAUACUUUCGGAUGAAAGGAAGCUUCGAGAAUUAAAGACUAUUGAAUUGACCACAGCUUCUUCCAUGCCAAAGGAUCAUUAGCCAUACAAUUUAUUUAAAGGAACAAACAAACAAAGCCUAACAAAAAUGCUAUUGUUUGGGCAUGCCAAAGGAUCUUUAGCCAUACAAUUUAUUUAAAGGAACAAACAAACAAAGCCUAACAAAAAUGCUAUUGUUUGGGCAUGCCAAAGGAUCUUUAGCCAUACAAUUUAUUUAAAGGAACAAACAAACAAAGCCUAACAAAAAUGCUAUUGUUUGGGCAUGCCAAAGGAUCUUUAGCCAUACAAUUUAUUUAAAGGAACAAACAAACAAAGCCUAACAAAAAUGCUAUUGUUUGGGCAUGCCAAAGGAUCUUUAGCCAUACAAUUUAUUUAAAGGAACAAACAAGAAAGCCUAACAAAAAAAGUUAUUGUUUGGGCACGCCUCUAGUGUACUAUAUUAGAACGAUUUGUUUUAAAUAAAGCCAUGUGGUCUGUCGUAUGAUGAAUGCUUUUUAUAAGAGAAAUAGAAGCAUCUUCGCUCUA